AUGUGCCUCAAAGAAUCCAUCAGUGGCCUCAGUAACACCUACACUUCAGCUCUGCUGGCGUACGUCUUCACACUGGCAGGAGACAUGGAGACCCGUGCUCACCUUCUGAAGCACCUUGACACAGUGGCUAUAAAAGAAGGAGAUUCCAUCCACUGGUCUCAGAAAGCAACAGAAACAUCUGACUCUUUGUCAGUGGAAAUCAGUUCUUAUGUACUGAUGGCCAAACUCAGUGCCCCCUUCUCUGCUGAGGACCUGGGCUACAUAUCAAGCAUUGUUAGGUGGCUGACUGGGCAGCAGAAUCAUUACGGAGGCUUCGCCUCCACUCAGGACACGGUGGUGGCUCUUCAGGCUCUGGCUCUUUACUCCACUGUGGUGUUCAGUCCAGAGGGUUCGAGCAUGGUGACUGUUUGGUCUCCUAGUGGUCAGCUGACAUUUGAUUGGAAUCCAGUCAACAAACUUCUCUACCAGGAGGUGAUGCUGCAGGACGUAAGAGGAAAGUUCAGCCUGGAGGUGAAGGGCUCUGCAUGUGCUUCAGUACAGUGCCUCUGGUUCAGCUGUGCUCGCAGCCUCCUGGUGGAGAUUCUAGAUCUGGAUCACUUCACUCCUGCCGCUACGUCAGUAAUAUACCUGAAACAUUGCCCUACAGUUACUCAGUUCUCUCCUCUGUUCUCCCACAUCCACAGACGAGCCAACUGCCAGAUUCAACAACCCUGA